AUUUACAAUAUUAUGGUGACAGUUGACGGUUUCAACUGUCAAUGUAAACUUCAUAACUUCACACUUUAGUUCCUGAUAGAAGAUUCAAGAAUAGCAUUUGUAUAAAUAUUACUAUUUAAUAUUCUUAAAUCAUCAGUAAAUCGUAUUAUUCGUCAUAGAUUUUCGGAGAUGUCGCAGGCACUAGCAAAUCCAAAUACUUUACUACCGCUUGAACUGGUAGACAAAUGUAUAGGUUCACGCAUUCAUAUUAUAAUGAAAAAUGACAAAGAAAUGAUUGGGACAUUACAAGGAUUUGAUGACUUUGUAAAUAUGUUACUCGACGACGUUACAGAAUAUGAAUCUACACCCGAAGGAAGGAAAAUAACAAAAUUGGACCAAAUUCUCCUCAAUGGUAACAAUAUUGCUAUGCUAGUUCCAGGAGGUGACAUGCCGGGUGAGACAUACGAAGGACAUUGAUAAUAAUAUACUACAUGUAAAUUAAAGCUAUAAAUAAAUCAUUUAAAGCAGUG